GCGCGCACCCGGCCUCCAGCACAGGAGAGGAGCCAGGGAGGAGGCGAAGGCAGCGUCGGCAGCGGCCGCUGAUCCUGAGUGUGAGACUUCGUGGGGGCUCCUCUCCGAACCCCCACGCCCCGGCCCCGUUCCAGUAAGCUUUCUCCCCCGCGCUGAAAAGGUGGACAACCGAGCCUGCCGAAUGACCACUGAGAGAGGAGGGGGAGGGUGCAGACUUGAGGGACAUCUUCCUACCGCUCCCUAGGCUGGGCUGAUUUUCUCCAUAGUGGUGCUGAAAGGAUAGCGCAAAGUGACAGUCUUCUAGCCUGAAGUUGCAGAAUUUGGAUAAAGACUCGGAUGUCUAAAAUCUUUUGUUGUGUAUGACUACUAUUGCUGAAAGAACGGCGCUACCUGCCCGGGCUUUUGCUCGUUUGCAUUACCAAGCUUUGCAUUGGGUCCAACUCUUGUUACACCCAUCCAUGACUGAAAAGAUAUACUGAACGCUGCCUCUCUGUCGGAUUCAGGGAGGGCUAGCAAGCCUUGGUCUGGAUUGGAAUCAUCUGAAGUCAAGGUGCUGUGGACAUGGGCGGUGGCAGGUUGUACACAAUGACCGUGCUGCUCCUUGUAGCGAGUCUAACCUGGCGGCAGAGUUUUUCGCAGAGCGUCGCUCCGGUGAUUGAUCAACACAGCAACGACAAUAUCACUAUCUUCACUCGCAUAUUGGACAGUCUGCUGGAUGGAUAUGAUAACAGACUCAGACCUGGUUUGGGAGAAAGAAUAACCGAAGUGAAAACUGAUAUCUACGUUACAAGCUUUGGUCCCGUCUCGGACACUGAAAUGGAGUACACAAUCGAUGUGUUCUUCCGUCAAAGUUGGAAGGACGAGCGACUGAAGUUUAAAGGACCGAUGCAUCGACUGUCUCUGAAUAACAUGCUGGCCAGUAAGAUUUGGACACCCGACACUUUCUUCCACAAUGGCAAGAAAUCCAUCGCUCACAACAUGACCACACCGAACAAGUUACUCAGGCUGGUGGAGGAUGGAACGCUGCUCUACACCAUGAGAUUAACCAUUUCUGCAGAGUGCCCUAUGCAGCUGGAAGACUUCCCUAUGGAUGUCCAUGCUUGCCCCCUUAAAUUUGGAAGCUAUGCGUAUCCGAACUCUGAGGUGAUUUACAUAUGGACGAAUGAAACGGAUAAAUCCGUGGUUGUUGCUGAGGACGGGUCUCGCCUGAAUCAAUACGAUUUGUUAGGCCAAACGGUGGGAGAUGAACUUAUCAGAUCAAGCACAGGUGAUUAUGUGGUAAUGACAGCACAUUUCCAUCUGAAGAGAAAAAUUGGCUAUUUUGUCAUCCAAACAUACCUCCCCUGCAUCAUGACUGUUAUCUUAUCCCAGAUGUCAUUCUGGUUGAACAGAGAAUCUGUCCCCGCCAGAACAGUGUUUGGUGUAACUACUGUGCUGACAAUGACAACACUGAGCAUCAGUGCAAGAAACUCAUUGCCAAAAGUCGCAUAUGCCACUGCAAUGGACUGGUUUAUAGCUGUGUGCUAUGCAUUUGUCUUUUCCGCUCUCAUAGAGUUUGCAACAGUCAAUUACUUCACCAAACGAAGCUGGGCAUGGGACGGGAAGAAAGCAAUGGAAGCUUAUCACUCUAAGAAAAAGGACACCUUGGCAAAAAACAUGAACAAUGCAUAUGCCAUCGGGGGAAUGACCUACACCCCAAACAUUACAAAGGAGCCUGUCAUACCCAGCAUCUCAAAGAGCACGACUGUGCAAAUGAAGGCAGAGGAAAAGGCCGCUGAAAGUAAAAAAACUUACAACAGCGUCAGCAAAAUUGACAAAAUGGCCAGAGUUGUGUUUCCAGUCUUCUUUGGAAUUUUCAAUUUAGUUUACUGGGCAACUUAUCUGAACAGAGAGCCAGUUAUAAAAGAAGCCAUUACUCCAAAUUAACUGCUCAGAGAAGUUACUGUAGAGUAUUCAAUCUGCUGACCCUAUCCCUCGACACUGAUGUAAGCAGGGAAGAUUUUAAGCGCCUGACACUUUUAUACUGUAUGAUUAUGGAAAAUAUUUCAGACCUUUUUUUCAUAUUUCUUGCAUGUCACAAGCACAUACCAGAUUUCCUUUGACAGUUUCCAGAUUUAACAGCAAAUGAAACCAGGGCACAGCAAUUACUUUGAGAAUGCUGCAAUUCAAAAAAAAACACAAUGAUACUGAACUCCGAUUUUUGUGUAUGCUGGCUGAAAAUAAAAUACUG